AUUGGCACCGUCGGCGAUCUACUAAACCCUGCUUUUCCCCACUCAGUGCCUACGUCCAGUGUCAUACGAUAGUUGUCAAUGGUUGCGACGGGCUGUCAUCCUGCUUUGCAGAAUCCCGAUGUCGUGUGGCGCAUAUUACAGCAAUUAUCCCUGUCCCUGCUAGACGACAGAUGCUCAUAUGAUGGUACUCGCAAGAUGCACAUCGGAUUAUUUGCAUGUGCCCGUGUUUGCAGGAUGUUCUUGGAACCCGCACUUGACUUUCUAUGGUGGAAGCUACGUGACACUAUUCCCGCCUUGCGCCUCCUUCCCUCAAUUCGAGUGGAUGUGGAUACGGGCAAACAAGCAAGAUUCAGUACAUCACCUUCUGUGAAAUGUUACAUGACUGGGAUGCCAUCCGAUCAGGAAUGGAUUCACUUUCAAGAAUAUGCACGACGCGUCCGGGUGAUUGAUAAAUGCUGCGCAUACUUCGGUCUGCCAGCCAUAUUGUCCCAGCUUUCUGAUCGAAAUGACGGACGUCCCCUCUUCCCGCUGCUCCAGCAGACUUCGUGGUAUUAUUCGUUGACCGAAGACAACUCAAGUAUCGCUACUCUUGUCCCCCCUACACUGCGACAUCUAUCCAUUGAUUUAAAGCCUGGAUAUAACGAAUAUUACAUAUAUGGGAUGGCGGAGAGGGCUUCUCAUGCUUGCAAGAUCAUCUUACAGGCAGUUCCGGACCUACGCGUUCUGCGGCUAUACACAUCGUGCAACGGCUUGAUGCUUCCAGUCAGACUCUGCCGAAAUCUGCAGAAAUUCGAUGCUUCUCAUUUCAAACUGACAUUGGACCCUAAAUUCUGGCACGAUCUGUCACAAUUGAAGCUCCUUAGUGAAGUCAAAGGAGGCUUCAGGGUUCCGCAUAACAUACCCAAUCACGGUUUUGUCGCCCUACAGUCAUUGUCUCUCGACUAUGUGGAGGCAAAGUAUGCCAACCGUCUCCUGAAGGUCGUCCCUCCUCAGCAAUUGCGAGAUAUCACUUUUACCCUCGUACAACCCACUCCCGACCAGCUCCUCGAGACAAUGACAUUGAUAUCCUCCAGAUCUUCCAUGUCACUGCAAACGUUCGAUGCCGUCAUCCAUUCGGAUUCGGAUCGCCCAGUCGAUAUCUCCGUCAUGAGCAUAAUUGAACCUCUUUUAUCCAUCAGAGGUCUACAGAAGAUGUCUCUGCGAAUGAGUGGCCGGGACACCGCGUUUAUGUUAUCAGACAAGGAUGUCGUGCGCUUGGCGAUUUCGUGGCCGGAGCUGCGAGAACUUAAUCUUGACUUAUUGUGCAUCAUGACUGAACCGACACUUCAGUCUUUGACGACGCUCGCCUCCUACUGCGCUCACCUACAGACUUUGCACUUGCCCAUUUUCAGAAUCAGCGUGGACGAUAUCCCCAUGGAGGCGACUUUACCUCACUCCCUGCAACAGCUUUCAUUCGAUAGGCCCAUUGAAGUCUCCGGAGAAAAUGCAUUCGUUGCGCGCUUCAUCGACACGCUCUUUCCUCAUUUAUGUGUGCAGAAGAUGUUGAGGAUGAGCCGGGGAAGAUUAUGCGACUGGCAGAAGAUUUUGUUCUUGCUGCAGAGAUAUCAGAUAGAAAGAAACGGCGGCGACCAUGCCGCAGCGGUUCCAGAAGACGAGGUCCAAUUAUCAGCUGCAUUCGCCUGAGACAGACUGAGGAAGUGAUGAGUGCUGAAGCGGGGGAAUCGGGUGAGGAGAAAACGUUGGGGCAUGCCAUGCAAGAACCAGACAGUGCGGCAGUACUUAAUCAACGAAGGACGGUCGGCAUGGCUGGUAGCCAAUGACCAUUGUGGUCGAAUUCGUUCUGUAGAUGUCCUUGCUCACCGGUGCAAGCUGCUGAUCUUCUGGACAUACGCUAUGUUUCUACUGGGAUAGUGUUGACGGAACAGUUUAACCUCGUUGUUGAAUGCAGAUAAGCACGUCGAUGGCCCAAGAAACGAUGACUAGUACUUCUCUGUACCCGACGUGUCCCUCUCCAUGUACGAAGCAUGUAACGGCGUAACUGAUACUUCGAACAUUUGACAGAUCUGCAGGAGCAGUACCGCCGGCCAUCGAGACUGGGGAAAAGAAAGAGCUGAGAACGUGUACCAACGUUUCGUCGGGGAAAUGCGGUUAAUUUGUUCAACACUC